CUCAGGCUUGACAGAAGCAGCGGGGCUUUCAGGAGCGUGGUGCUAGGCUGGGUCAGGAGCAGGGAUGGAAAGGCCGGCUGGGAGAGCAAAGAACUGCCUGAUGUAGACGCUCAGAUACCAGUUUGUGUCCUGAAAAAAAGGCUCUGUGCCUGGUUACCUGAAGUGGGGAGUUCAGGGGAGUGGAAAAUAAAACCUGCCAGUAGUUGCUGAGAAGCAAGAAAAGGAAGUCCCCAUGCAUCACUUCCCUGGGAAAGACUGGGAAGCAGCAUCCGGUUCAUCAUGGUGUUCAGGAGGCUCUUCUGUCAUCUGUCUACCUACAGCCUGAUUUGGGGGAUGACAGCAGUGCUGCUGUGCACAGCACAAGUGGUGACCCAGGAUAAAACAGAGAGGCUGAACACUCCUGCUUCCUUAAGAUGCUCUGUGAAAACUUCUGAGGAAAUCUUGAUUGUGACCUGGCAAAAAAAGACGGCUAUAAUCCCAGACAACAUGGCCACCUACAGCAAGAUACAUGGGGUUGUAGUCCAGCCUUACUAUAAAAGCAGGAUGACCAUCACCGAGCUGGAACUCGAAAACUCAACCAUCACCUUCUGGAAUACCACCCUGGAGGAUGAAGGGUGUUACCUGUGUCUCUUCAAUACCUUUGGUGCUGGGAUAAUUUCAGGAAGAACCUGCCUCACCCUUUAUGUACAGCCCACAGUAUUCCUCCACUACGAAUUAUCGGAAGACCACCUAAAUAUCACUUGCUCUGCCACUGCCCGCCCAGCCCCUGUGAUCUCCUGGAAAUUCCUUGAACCAGGGAUUGAAAAUAAUACUGAGGUUCUGACUCACCCAAAUGGGACGACGUCUGUUACCAGUGUCCUUCACAUCAAAGACCCUAAGACUCAGGUGGGGAAGGAGGUGGUCUGCCAGGUGCUGCACCUCGGGAAUGUGACUGAGUUCAAGGAAACUGUGAGCAAAGGAUCCACAGGCUUUUGGUUCUCAGUUCCUCUAAUGCUAAGCAUUGUUUCCCUGAUUACUCUUCUGGUCUUAAUCUCAAUUUUAUUAUACUGGAAACAUCACCGGAAUCAGGACUGAGAGCCCUAGAUGAGUCACAUAGAAUGCUGAAGGUUAUUCCCUGGUCUACUUGAAUCUGAUACAAGAGGAAAUCAGCAGGAAAAUGGGCCAUUCAUGAAAGGACCUGAAAAAGCAAGAGAGGUGGGAGGGAAAGGCUUAAGAAUCCCACGACUUUCUACGCCAUCUAAGCUGCUCACUGAGUUUCAAGAGGAAGUCAUCUUACCUCACAGGUCUGUUGUAGGACUUGAUUUUGUAAAGCAAUGCAGUGUUGUGCUAUUGUAAGGGCACUGGACUUAGAUUCGAGAGCACUGAGCUCACAGGCUGACUUGGGCUCCUGCUGGUGGGGACCCUGGGUUGGUCACUUUACCUCAAUGAGCUUCCAUGUCCUCAUCUGAGUAUAAAGGAAUUGGACCAGACUCUUUGCCAUUCAGCUGCAAAAACUGAUAUAUUCCAGGAAAAAGAAUAAAAAAGAAUAAGCAA